ACUGUGCGAUCGUCAUCGGACAUGCGCCAAUCGUUUUUAAACUUCGCGCCCAAUCGGCGACUUCCGUCCUGUCUUUUCGUUUGUUCUUUCGGUCGCAGUGAACGAGCAAAAUGGUGAACGUACCAAAAAUCCGUCGCACCUUCUGCAAGAAGUGCAAAGUGCACAAGCCACACAAAGUGACCCAAUACAAAAAAUCCAAGGAACGUCAAGCUUCGCAAGGUAGAAGACGUUACGACAGAAAACAACAGGGUUUCGGUGGUCAAUCCAAGCCCAUCUUGCGUAAAAAGGCGAAAACUACCAAGAAAAUCGUAUUGAGAAUGGAAUGCUCAGACUGCAAGUACAGGAAGCAGAUCCCAUUGAAAAGGUGCAAGCACUUCGAACUUGGUGGUGACAAGAAACGCAAGGGUCAAAUGAUUCAGUUCUAGGUUAUUUGACGUUGUGAUAAGUUAAUAAAGUUUAUAAAAAAAUG